UCUCAAUUUGUUGACUCCUCACAAUAUAAAUCACUGAAAUAAAGAAAAAAGGAAUUAUCUUUGCUACUUUGCCCAAUGCUCUAUAUAUGGCAAAACAGCAAAACAAACUGAAAAGGACCAAAAAAAAAAUCCCAACAAGAUGUCUUAUCCCUAAACCAAUCACUUCCAUUUCCAUGGACACAUACUAGCGCACACACAGACAUGACAUGAUAACAUAUAACGAUUCAUAGCAGACCAGGAUCUGACCAACCCCUGAAAGUAACCCCACACAUCGUUCGAAAAGAAAGUAACCCCACACGCAACAUUGCCAAGUGAUGCCUUGGAAGCAGUUUACAUGCCUCAAAUCCUGUAUAAAGUCUCCCCUUGUGCCGGUUGCUCACCACCAAGACCAGGCAGAGCAAGCACUUGGCAGACAGACACCUGUCUCCUCCUCUCCUCUCCAACCAUCAGCUCAAGCCAAGAAAGCUCACAUGGAGCUCCACUUCCAGGUGCAGCCUCCAGUGUUCCAGGUCGAGGACUACUGCUACUACUACUACCAGCAGGAGGCCGCCGCGCGGGCCAAGCCCGGCAAGCCGCGGGGCAGGAAGAAGGGCGGCAACAACCACAGCAAGUUCGUCGGCGUCCGGCAGCGGCCGUCGGGGCGGUGGGUGGCCGAGAUCAAGGACACCACGCAGAAGAUCCGCAUGUGGCUCGGCACCUUCGAGACCGCCGAGGCCGCGGCCAAGGCCUACGACGAGGCCGCCCGCCUCCUCCGCGGCGCCGACACCCGCACCAACUUCGCGCCGCGCAUCUCCCCGGACUGCCCGCUCGCCGUCCGCAUCCGCGGUCUCCUCCACCACAAGAAGGUCAAGAAGGCCAAGUCAACCGCGGCGGACUCCUCCGCUGUCGCCGCCGGAUCCAAGCACAAGGCUUUGAGCUCCCUUGCUCCCAGUCCCACCGCAAGCAAUAGCAAUAGCAAUUGCACGAGUAGUGCUUGUGGUGGUGGCUCCAGCACCAGCACCAGCACCAGCACCAGCAGCGCGGUAAUCUGCGACGACGCCAUGAAGCAGUUCGGCGGUGCAGCGGUCGUCGGCGAGGUGUACCGGCCGGAGUUCGCCCCCGUGGGCGCUGAGGAGUUCGAUUCUUGGAUGUUCGACUCGACGUUCGGCCAGUUCCCUGCGCUGGACGGCUUCGCGGCCUUGGAUAGCGCCGUCCCAGCUGCACCCGCAGAGGAGCCGAGCGCCGCCGUGGCGCCGGGCGAGAUGGCGGAGUUCGAGCGGAUCAAGGUGGAGCGGCGCAUCUCGGCGUCGCUGUACGCCAUGAACGGCCUGCAGGAGUACUUCGACAGGGUGUUCGACGCGUCCGCCUGCGACUCGCUCUGGGAUCUCUCGCCGCUCUGCCGCUAGCUAGCUUGACCUCAACUACGUGUGUCGUGCGCGUGCGGCGUCCUUGCUCUUUUCGAUCGCCCCCUGGGGUAAUGCCCAUUAUUUGUCGGGGAAGCAACAAGUGUCAGGUGUCUGUGCGUGUGCGGUGUAAAGAGCAAGAGAGAUCCUGUUCGUUGUAGCCAUUCGAUGCAUUUUUGUGCAAAAAUGCUUCAAAUUUGCCGUAUGGCAAAGCAAUUUUUUCGGAAA